AUGAAGCACCUGGUGGAGGUGGAGCCGGCGACGGCGACGACCGGGCCGGCGUACCGGAACGCGCGGGCGAAGGAGGGCCUCCUGCAGGCCCCGCCGGGGCUCCACAGCUGCUGGGACAUCUUCCGGACGUCCGUGGAGAAGUACCCCGACAACCCGAUGCUCGGUCGCCGGAGAGUGGUCGACGGCAAGGCGGGCGAAUACACAUGGGUGACUUACAAGGAAGUCUAUGAUGUUGUGAUGAAGCUUGCAGCCUCCAUUCACAGAUCCGGAAUCAAACAAGGUGAAGGUUGCGGUAUAUACGGCGCAAACUGCCCCGAAUGGAUCAUCAGCAUGGAGGCUUGCAACGCGCUUGGGGUUUGCUGCGUUCCCCUCUAUGAUUCUCUCGGUGCUGGGGCGGUGGAGUUUAUCAUCUGCCAUGCCGAAAUCCAGAUCGCGUUUGUGGAGGAAAAGAAGAUCACAGAGCUCCUGAAAACUUGUCAUGCCACUUCGAAGUAUCUGAAAACGGUCAUAAGCUUUGGAGGGGUCACAAAUGACCAUAAAGAUGAAGCUAAAAAACAUGGCCUGUCCAUUUUCUCUUGGGAGGAAUUCCUGAUCAUUGGUCGCUCUCAUAAUUUUGAUCUGCCUGAAAAGAAGAGAUCUGACAUCUGUACAAUAAUGUAUACAAGCGGCACAACAGGAGACCCUAAAGGAGUUAUGAUAUCAAAUGAAAGCCUUCUUGUAAAUAUCGGGGGCCCUGAUUCUGUACUUCAAUAUAAUGGUGACGUUUUAGAUCAAGAUGAUGUCUAUUUGUCAUAUCUUCCACUAGCCCAUGUCUUUGAUAGAAUGUUUGAGGAAGUGUUCAUUUACCAUGGAUCAAAAAUUGGAUUUUGGCGUCGGGAUGUCAAACUAUUGGUUGAUGACAUUGCAGCACUAAAACCAACAGUAUUAUGUGCUGUUCCACGUGUGCUGGACAGGAUAUAUUCAGGUUUUACAGCUAGGAUUUCGUCUGGUGGUAUACUGAAGAAAACUUUAUUCAACAUUGCUUAUAAGAUGAAACUGGACAACAUGAGGAAAGGAAUUAAACAUGAGAAGGCAGCCCCAUUCUUUGACAAAUUAGUUUUCAGCAAGGUGAAAGAAAGGCUUGGUGGAAAAUUAAGACUUAUUAUAUCUGGAGGUGCCCCUCUAGCUGUACCAGUGGAAGAAUUUUUGAGGGUUGUGACAUGUGCUUAUGUUGUUCAAGGCUAUGGAGAUAUUGGUGAGUGGCAACAAGAUGGAUCCUUAAAAGUGAUUGAUAGAAAGAAAAAUAUUUUCAAGCUUUCGCAGGGGAAAUACGUUGCAGUGGAAAAUCUAGAGAAUGUAUACGGUGUUCUUCAAGAUAUGGAUUCAAUAUGGGUAUAUGGGAAUAGUUUUGAAUCUUCUCUUAUUGCUGUUGUCAAUCCGAACCAACAAGCUCUUGAGCGCUGGGCGGAACAAAAUGGUAUUACUGGAAGUUUUGCUGAACUAUGCGAGCAUGCAAGAGCCAAAGAACAUAUUCUUUCAGAGCUCACAAAGAUUGCGAAGGAAAAGAAGCUGAAAGGCUUUGAGUUCAUAAAAGCUAUCCAUCUUGACCCAUUGCCAUUUGAUAUCGAGCGCGAUCUCAUCACCCCGACAUACAAGAAGAAACGGCCACAAAUGCUCAAAUACUACCAGGGAGUAAUCGAUGCGCUUUACAAGAGCAUGAAGUAA